AAUAAAGCGGUGUCGGAACUACUAUGAAAUUCUGGGGGUGGAGAGGGACGCCAGCGAGGAGGACCUGAAGAAAGCCUACCGCAAACUGGCCCUCAAAUUUCACCCUGACAAGAACCGCGCUCCCGGAGCAACCGAGGCUUUUAAAGCAAUAGGUAAUGCUUUUGCAGUUCUGAGCAACCCUGAAAAACGAUUGCGAUACGAUGAAUUCGGAAGUGACCAAGAACACGUCAGCACUGGCCAGGCCAGGCACUAUAAUUACUACACAGAAUUUGAAGCAGACAUUACACCAGAAGAAAUAUUCAACGUGUUUUUUGGUGGGCACUUUCCUACAGGAAAUAUCCACAUGUUCUCAAAUGUAGCCAGAGAUACGCACUACUAUCCACGGAGGCACCGAAAUGAGAGAGCCUGGACGCAGGAGCAAGAGGAGGAGGAAAACAGGCCACAGGUAGCCAGGAGGAGGGAUCGCUUGGGCUUAAAUAUUUCACCAGG